AGAAAAAUGCGGUUGAGGGUGCCUCCCCUGCCUCCAGGGUGAUGACGUACCUGCGAGACCAGGUCACGCGGUGGGAACGUGCGAGGCGGGCCUCCAGUCGUGAACUAGCCACGACGUCAGAGCUGCAGAGGGAGAAAGGGAGUCAGCGCAGGAUCGAACGUUCCCUCGUGACGCACUUCCUACCGUCCUUUCUCAGCGUCCGCCAUUCCUACACGGUGGCAUACUUCUUUCGCUGGCGGACCUAUUGCUGAAUUCUUGGCAAAAUGGUGAACUUUACAGUAGACCAGAUACGUGGGCUCAUGGACAAAAAGAAGAACAUCAGGAACAUGUCCGUGAUUGCCCACGUGGAUCAUGGCAAAUCAACUCUGACUGACUCUCUGGUCUCCAAGGCUGGUAUCAUUGCCUCUGCAAAGGCAGGAGAGACUAGAUUCACAGAUACUCGAAAGGAUGAGCAGGAACGAUGCAUCACCAUCAAGUCCACGGCUAUUUCCAUGUACUUUGAGCUAUCUGAAAAGGAUUGCAACUACAUCACUAAUGAGGAACAGAGGGAAAAGGGGACAAAUGGAUUCUUGAUCAACUUGAUUGAUUCCCCGGGGCACGUGGAUUUCUCAUCAGAAGUGACAGCUGCUCUUCGCGUCACUGAUGGUGCUCUUGUCGUUGUUGACUGCGUCUCUGGUGUGUGCGUGCAGACAGAGACUGUUCUUCGGCAGGCCAUUGCCGAACGGAUCAAGCCUGUACUUUUUAUGAAUAAGAUGGAUCGUGCUCUGUUGGAACUGCAGCUUGAUCCGGAAAAACUCUUCCAGACCUUCCAGCGGAUUGUAGAGAAUGUGAACGUUAUCAUCGCAACCUAUGGAGAUGACUCAGGUCCAAUGGGUCCGAUCUUUGUGGAUCCCUGCAAGGGCAGUGUUGGAUUUGGAAGUGGUCUGCAUGGCUGGGCUUUUACUCUGAAGCAGUUUGCUGAGAUGUAUGCUGAGAAAUUCAAGAUCCCUGUUGAUAAACUAAUGCCCAGGCUAUGGGGGGAGAACUUCUUCAAUGGAGAAACAAAGAAAUGGAGCAAGAGCAAGGAUGAUAAGAACAAGCGAUCAUUCUGCAUGUAUGUCCUUGAUCCCAUCUUCAAGAUUUUUGAUGCAAUCAUGAACUACAAGAAGGAGGAGGUGGAGAAGCUCUUGACCAAAUUGAACAUUGUCCUAAAGGGUGAAGAUAAAGAGAAGGAUGGCAAGGCCUUGCUGAAGGUGGUUAUGAGAUCAUGGUUGCCUGCUGGAGAAGCACUUCUACAGAUGAUUACCAUCCAUCUUCCAUCUCCAGUUACUGCUCAGCGUUACAGGAUGGAACUUCUCUAUGAAGGUCCCCAUGAUGAUGAGGCUGCUAUGGGAAUCAAGAACUGCAAUCCUGAUGCAGUGUUAAUGAUGUACAUCAGCAAGAUGGUACCAACAUCUGAUAAAGGGCGUUUCUAUGCCUUUGGAAGAGUGUUCUCCGGCAAGGUGUGCUCUGGAAUGAAGGCUCGUAUCUUGGGUCCCAACUAUGUACCAGGGAAGAAGGAUGAUUCAUAUGAGAAAAGCAUCCAGAGAACGAUCCUUAUGAUGGGUCGUUAUGUUGAGGCCAUUGAAGAGGUUCCAGCUGGAAACAUCUGUGGAUUGGUUGGAGUUGAUCAGUUUUUGGUGAAGACUGGAACCAUUACCACCUAUAAGGAUGCGCACAACCUUCGUGUGAUGAAGUUCAGUGUUUCGCCUGUUGUCCGAGUUGCCGUUGAGCCGAAAAACCCCUCUGACCUUCCAAAACUUGUUGAAGGUUUGAAGCGCCUGGCCAAGUCAGAUCCUAUGGUUCAAUGCAUCAUUGAAGAGUCUGGAGAGCACAUCGUUGCUGGAGCUGGAGAGCUUCAUUUGGAAAUCUGUUUAAAGGAUUUGGAAGAAGACCAUGCUUGCAUCCCCAUUAAAAAGUCUGACCCAGUGGUCUCUUAUCGGGAGACAGUGAGUGAGGAAUCUGAGGUCACGUGCUUGAGCAAGAGUCCCAACAAGCACAACCGUCUUUUCAUGAGGGCUGUUCCCAUGCCUGAUGGGCUGGCUGAUGACAUUGACAGGGGAGAUGUAAAUGCCCGGGAUGACUUCAAGAUAAGAGGCCGAUACUUGAGCGACAAAUAUGAAUAUGAUCCAACAGAAGCACGUAAGAUCUGGUGCUUUGGUCCUGAUGGUACAGGACCCAACAUCCUGGUUGAUUGCACCAAGGGAGUCCAAUAUUUGAAUGAAAUCAAGGACUCUGUGAUUGCUGGCUUCCAGUGGGCUUCUAAAGAGGGAGUGUUGGCUGAGGAGAACAUGCGGGCUGUGCGAUUCAACAUCCAUGAUGUGACGCUACAUGCCGAUGCCAUCCACCGUGGCGGCGGUCAGAUCAUCCCGACGACCAGGCGAUGUCUGUAUGCCUGCAUCCUCACCGCUCACCCAAGAAUCAUGGAGCCGGUGUAUCUGUGUGAGAUCCAAUGUCCCGAGAAUGCAGUGGGUGGGAUCUAUGGCGUGCUGAAUCGCAGGCGAGGGCAUGUCUUUGAGGAGAUGCAAGUCAUGGGCACUCCCAUGUUCGUGGUGAAGGCAUAUCUGCCCGUCAACGAAUCUUUCGGAUUCACUGCGGAUCUGCGCAGCAACACGGGCGGCCAAGCUUUCCCGCAAUGCGUGUUUGAUCAUUGGCAGAUCCUGCCUGGGGACCCAACCGAUGGGAAGUCUCGACCCCAUGAAAUCAUCCAGGUAAUCCGUAAGAGGAAGGGAUUGAAGGAAGGCCUACCUGACCUGACCCAGUACUUGGACAAGUUGUAAUGGCCAGAUGGACACCUAGAUUCCCCAGCAUACUCUGCACCUCCUCUGUUCUCUCUCUUUUUCUUUGUCUGUCUUUCAAUCUCUCCAUUUUCUGUUUUCUUGCCCUCGGUCUUUUCACUUCUUGUGGUUUCUUUAACUUAUAUUGACUCUUUUCAGAAUUUCGUUCAUAUUUUGUCUGUUGGUCCUUGAAGUUGCUCUUUGAACCAGAGACAGGUGCAAAUGUAUGCUGAGGUGGGAAUGCUUUUGAUGUGGAAAUGGUAAAAAAAAAAAAAACGGAAUAUGGAAAGGUC